AGCUCAAGCCGGGCCCUCUCCGCCGGGCGGCCGGGCGGGGGAGGUCAUGGAAUGCCGUGUGGGCGGCAAGUUUCGGCUGGGCCAAAAGCUGGGGUCUGCCGCCUUCGGUGACAUCUACAGCGGCACCAACGUGGAGACGGGCGCGGAGGUGGCGAUCCGCAUCGAGUCCGUCAAGGCCAAGCACCCGCAGCUGCUCUAUGAGUCCAAGCUCUACAAAAUCCUGGAGGGCGUUGGGGUGCCGCUGGUCCACUGGUACGGCAUUGAGAGUUCCUACAACGUCUUGGUGACCGACCUUCUCGGGCCCUCCGUUGAGGACGUCUUCGGCUUCUGCAACCACAAGUUCAGUUUGAAGACGGUGCUGAUGUUGGGGGACCAGAUGAUUAGCCGUGUGGAGGCGAUGCACGCCAAGAGCUACCUCCACCGGGACAUCAAACCCGAGAACUUGGCGCUGGGCCUGGGCCGCGCCGCCACCACCCUGCACUUGAUGGACUUCGGCCUCGCCCGGAGGUACCGGGAGCCUAAGACUUUGGUCCACAUCCCCUACAGAGAAGGAACGCCUCUGACGGGCACUGCCCGGUUUGCGAGUUUAAACACGCACCUGGGCAUGGAGCAAAGUCGCAGGGAUGAUCUGGAAUCCGUGGGCUACGUGCUAGUGUACUUAGGCCGCGGCAAGCUGCCGUGGCAGGGCCUGAAGGCUGGCUCGAAGAAGGAGAAGUACGAGAAGGUGACGGAGAAGAAGAUCGCUACGCCGGUGCAAGAACUCUGCAAGCACCUGGCUCCGGAGAUUGGGGCCUUCAUCGACUACUGCCGACGCUUGCGCUUUGAGGAGGACCCGGACUACAACUAUUUGAGGCAACUACUCAAGGAGGUCUUCAUUCGUCAAGGCUACGAAUAUGACCUGGUCUUCGAUUGGACAGCCACUGCCUCCGCCAUUUGCAUCCGAAACGAGGACGGCAAAAAGGAGAGCUGGUGCAUUUGACACGACCUGGCUUCGGAGCAUCUCGCGCCAGCCUCGCUUUUCCAACGGGCGCGACCCUGUGACGCCGUGUGAGUGUGGUCAAGAAAAAGAAUAUAUUACUCAGGG